UAGGAGUCAGUUUGUCCGUCACUCUGUUGGCGAUGUAAGCUCUGAGAGACAGACGGGUAGAGAGAGAGACAGGUUAAAGGAGUGUGUCCUCCUCACAGUGCGGACAGACAGACAGACAGACUCUCUCACCCGGUGGUGGUCCGUGAGUCGGCCCCGAUCACCACUCCUCCAUCAUACUCCACCGCCAUGAUGGUGGUCUGACGGACAGACAAGUAGAGACACAGACAGGUGGACAGACAGACAGGUUAACGUGUUAAUAGAUCAGAAACAACAGCGCACUAUUUAUCGUCUAAAGCCGUUUGAUGUGGUGUUCCCGCAGUGAGCCCAUUAUCGGACGGUUAGCCGUCAUUAGCUUCACUGCAGUGAGAAGUGCUGUCUCAUUCAACCGCUGCUUUCAGCUUUAAAACUCUCUACGGGACCAGAACACGGUCCGGUCCAGUUCGGUCCGGUGCGUACUCACCCCGGUGCUGACUUCCUGGCUGGUCCAGUCCGGGACCAGUUCGGUUUUAGAAGACAUCUGCUGUCCGAAGUACGGCAUCAUUGUUGCUGCCGCCAUCUUGUUUCUCGUCUGUUAGUUGCGUGAGCUGUGACGUCACAGUGAGCGGGUAAUUUACGCAAUAAUAGAUAGAAUAUAUUUAAUAGAUAAUCCUGCGUCAUUAAAUAACGAGUUGGAUUUCAACACGUGUUUCUGUCUCUUCACUAUAAUUAAAAUGUAAAUUUAUAUAAAAGUCCACAAAAAAGCAGUUUUGUUCUGGCAUGUAAGCGGACACCUCUUCACCGGGGUCCUGAGCUCGACCGGAAACAGAAAACCGGAAACAGGAAAAUAAGAUGACCGUCCAUAACUUGUACAUAUUUGACCGUAACGGCAGCUGUCUGUAUUAUAAUGAGUGGAACCGCAAGAAGCAGGCCGGGAUCUCCAAGGAUGAGGAGUUUAAGCUGAUGUACGGGAUGCUCUUCUCCAUCCGCUCCUUCGUCAGUAAGAUGUCUCCUCUGGACAUGAAGGAGGGCUUCCUGUCCUUUCAGACCAGUAAGUACCGUCUUCACUACUACGAGACUCCCAGUGGACUGAGGUUCAUCAUGAACACGGACCUGUCUGUCCCCAACGCCAGAGAGACACUGCAGCAGAUCUACAGCAACCUGUAUGUGGAGUACAUAGUGAAGAACCCUGUCUGUGUGUUGGGACACAGUUUGGACAGCGAGUUGUUCAGCAGUCGACUGGACUCGUUCAUCAGAGGACUCCCGUUCUACAGUCCUCGCGCCGCCUGAUAGACGAGCACACACACACACACGUACACACACUCACUCGCUCAGUGAUGUUGUAUUUAUUGUGAACAUUAAGAUUAAAUGUGUGAACUCGA